AUGGCAAUCCUGGCAUGUUGUCUCUAUCCUCCUACAAGUGGAAAGGCCUAUAUUAACGGAUAUGAUAUCUCAAAGCAGAUGGUCCACAUUAGGAAAUCGCUGGGCUUGUGUCCCCAGCAGAACCUGCUGUUUAAUUACUUGACAGUAUCGGAACACCUUCAUUUCUACUGUGGGAUAAAAGGAGUACAUGGAAAGAUGACUCGUACGGAAAUUGACCACAUGCUGACUACUUUUAACCUGCUAGAAAAGCGUAAUGAAUUGUCAAAGUCGCUGAGCGGAGGAAUGAAGCGCAAACUCUCCAUCAUUAUAGCAUUUAUAGGGGGCUCCAAGGUAGUGAUACUUGAUGAGCCAACGUCUGGCAUGGACCCAGUCUCAAGAAGGGUCACCUGGGAUCUCCUGCAGCAUUUUAAACAGGAUCGUACCAUCCUAUUGACCACCCACUACAUGGAUGAAGCUGAUGUUCUGGGUGACCGCAUAGCCAUCAUGGUCAAGGGAUCCCUGCGGUGCUGUGGCUCUUCAAUUUUCCUGAAAAAAAUAUAUGGUCUCUCUCUCCUUGAUUAUUCUUAGGAUACUGAUGCCUUAAUAAUAAUCUUCAAACAUACAUUUCAUUGUUUUUUUUCUAGGUACUCAAAACUUCAGCAAUUUCCUCUGUUCUAUUGGGAUUCAACUAUGAACGCUUUAAAAUAAUGCUCAUUUUUUCAAAAUUA